CGAAGUUCUAACAUUUUUUAUGAACCUUGAGGAGGUUGGGUUUUUAUAUACACUGCCUCCAAUUUAUCGGAAGAAAACAGACGCAAUCGAUUUGAAUGUGCUUUUUUAUAUAGACGAAGUUUUCUUUUCUCCUCCCUGAUGAUCUUCGAUUCAACCCAGCCCCAAUUCUCAAUAGCAUCUCUUAGAACCACAGGAGCCCAAAAAUUCUUCCAUAUUCCUUGCCCAAGAUGAAAAUGUCCAUAUCCAGAUUAAACUUAUUCCUGCUAUUCUUUCACCUAUUAAUCCUUCAAUUCUCACCAAGAAUCUCAGCCAUCAGGAAGGAUGUUGGAUUUCAAGGGAGGCACAUUUGCAAAAAUACGGUCCUAGGAAGAUACUUACUAUCUGAUGAUAAUGGCCAUGUCUGUGACGCUCUGUCUUUAAAUCCACAGUCUCGCUGCUGCCCUGAAAAAGGAGAAAAAUUCUCUUGUCAUGGUUGCAAUGUAGUUUCAGAGUGUUGUGAUUCUUAUGAAUAUUGUGUUUCAUGCUGUCUAAAUCCCUCACGGAUAAAAGAGGAACAAGUAAUGAAUGUGAAGGUUGCCAAACCAGCUACUGCAGGGAAAUAUUCAAAUGUUUUUGAUUUCUGUGCUGGGAGGUGUCGUCAUAAUUCUGAGAGUGUGGUCCACGAAAAUGCUUACCUUAGUGAUUUCCAUCACUGUUUUUCUCUGCCAUCAAAUUCGUCAGGUGCAAAUUAUACAUUUUUAGAAGCCAGACUGAAUGGCAUUAAUGUUCUUGUUGGAAGGCGAGGUCAAUCAUGCGAUUCAGUUUGCAAGUCAAAGGGACAAUCAUGUGUUCCAAAUAAGCUUUUGGUACUUAAUCAGUGUGACAUUAUGCAGAAAUAUAUGAGCUGCAAGGGAACUUGCCUGGCAAGUAUUGGUCCAGACCAACCUGCUGAAGUUGUUGAUGAUGCUCCUGAAGAUUUGAAUCCUGGAGCAUGCUUGUUUACUCAAACACAAUCAAUGCUUUCUUGUUAUGGUUCACAUCAGCAUACCAGGAGACUGUGCCCUUGUGCAUAGUGCAGUAUCUGGAUUUCCCAUCACAGGCAUGAAUUGUGGGGAUUAUGUAUCUUGUAUGCAAGUUUCAUUUCUAAUUCCACUUGGCCUGGUUUGUCCAAGUUGGAAAAUCAAAAUCCAUUUUGCCCCAAGUUUUACAAUGGCAAGAUUAGCUCAUUUUAACGUAUUUGAUUUGAGCGCAAGCAAGCGGUGGCUCUGCUGUAAUGGCCUCAGAGAAUGAGGGGCAUGAGCCCUUGCGUUCUAUGCCUCCUAGGUGUUCGUCACGGAUCAUAUUUGUUUAGCAUGCAGUGUAUGUAUAUAUUUUUUUGGGCGAAAAUGUAUAAUAUUAGUUUGUCAGAGGGUAAACACAUCAAGGUACUAGGCUCUUCGGAUUUGACGAGAUUUGGAGGGAUAUUUGAUUAAAAAAAUGUGGCUAAAUUGUAUUAUUGGUCUUGUAAUUUACGUUUGAGUGUAGUUUCUAAUGGUUUAGA